AUGCUGUUGAUGAGUGACGACCAUCCAUCACGCGGCUCUGACGCGUCGUCCGCAGAAUCUUUCGGUCCGUCCAGCAAGUACUCAUUUGGUUGGGACAGUGAGAGUAUGGCAUAUCAGCCGACUGGAGGAACAGAUACAAUGCUUAUGUCAUCCACACUGCCGACAAAUUUUUACGAUCAGCCACCAGCACAGAGUUGCUACUCGCAAAAUUUCGUGAAUCAUCCAGCCGUUGAACAGUUUUCAUCCAUACUGCGGCCCGUUCGCUUGGCACCUGGUAUUCCAUCGUCCAGAUUUUUCACUGUAAGAUGUUUGGCGAGACCAUCUGGCUGUGUUUUGAUAAGUGAAAAGUCAGCACGGGUAAUCUUCUUAGUCCGGUGCUUCUUUCGUCAACAUGCGGCAUGUUUUCAGCAGUCGCUGUCCACCUCUCAGUUGCCGUCUACUUCUUGGAACCAGUUUCAGAGUUCGAAUGUUACACAAGGGGCAUCGCAAACAGGAACUAAUCCUUUACAUGCAACCAACGUGACACGAAAGCAGACUUGCCACGUUAACGACAGUAAUUUUCUGCAAAUUGGGAAGAUUCCGCCACCCAGGCCGAAACCACCUGCCAUCAAACAGACAUCCUGUAAUAACAAACAGCAAAGUGCAACAGCAGCAACAGCAUCAUCAUCGCCUGCAGUGAAUUAUUCUGUGAAUGGUGUACAGGAGGGGCCAUCAACUUCCGCGCAAUCGAGAAUAUUGGCAGCGGACGCCUCACUAAACCAGGAUAAUUCCGACCCUUUUGAGAUCUCAAUGGCUGUGAAAGAUAUCGCACACCGAGGCCUCUACAGUGAGCUGUUCAGAGAAUUUCCUGCAUCGACGAGUUCGUCACCAGGUGGCUUAUCUGGACAAUCGGACCGGAAACAGCUUUAUAAUUCAAAGCUUUCACCACCUUCCGCAGGCUCUCUCGGCCAUAAUCAGUCUUCUUCGAACGCCACCAAUUCAUUAGCCACAUCUCUUGGUUUUACACAACAGCCUGCUGGAAUUGGGACAUGCUAUUAUUGGCAGCCUGGGCAGCCAAGCGGAACUUUGCCUUCGCAGACUGAUUUGCCUUCGUCUUUUGGAAAUACACCGGCGCUGCUUUAUGAUGCAAAAUCGAAUACGCCUUCAAAAACGGGAAAUUCCAGUGGGCUUUUAAUUCAGCCGCAGCGCGUUGCCAACCAGCAAAUGAAUUUCUCGGAACAAAGCAGUACCUUUUUGCGUGACGAAAUCUUGGGCAUGUUUGAUCCACUGAUUGCUGAGUGCAGUGUGUCACGAAAUUCCCAGGCUGCUGCCACUUCAACCGGUCAAAAUCCCGCACCACUGGAUGUUGUUCAAAAAAAAGCGUCUUUUGCCGACAAACAAAGAUGUGCAGAAAAACUGAUGCAGUGCGCUAAUAGUGUUGAAAAAGCGGUGGAGGAGCUAAAAAUUGAGGAGCUGUUGUCAAUGGGACUGGUGCGGGACAGAGCGCAAGCUGUGGAAGCAUUGCAAGACUGCAGAUGGGAUCUCAAUGCAGCCGCAGUCGCACUGAUCUCUUGA